AAACAAACAUGAAUUAAUGCAUCUAAUUUUCGUAUUCCCUUUCCAUUUUCUUCCAUUUUUUAGUUUUGAAGGUCAUACCUCACACUUACAUUAAUAUAUGUGAUCAACAAAUUUAAUAUGAUCAGAAAGUUAGAUGCAGCAUUCACUCUUCCCCUCUUUAGCCAUCUCUAUAAUAACAUCCUCCAUUCCCUCUUUCCCCCGCUAGCUCCCUCCAUCUCCACCCACUAUCACAACAAUGGAGUUCCUCCUCGACCUCCUCCUCCUCCUCGCCGCCGCCGCCUUCCUCCACCUCUGGUGGAAGCACUGGUCCAUCACCGGCGGAGGAACCAAAAACCUCCCGCCGGGCCCUCCCGGCUGGCCGCUCGUCGGCAACCUCCUCCAAGUCGUCCUCCAGCGCCGCCCCUUCAUAUUCGUCGUCCGCGAUUUACGCUCCAAGUACGGACCCAUCUUCACCAUGCAGAUGGGUCAACGCACGCUGAUUAUCGUAACCGAGUCGGAUCUGAUCCACGAAGCCCUCGUCCGGAAAGGCCACCUCUUCGCGAGCCGCCCCGCCGACUCCCCCACGCGGCUCCUCUUCAGCGUCGGCAAAUGCGCCAUCAACUCGGCAGAGUACGGCCCGCUGUGGCGGACCCUACGCCGCAACUUCGUCACGGAGCUGGUGAAUCCGACCCGGAUCCGGCAGUGCGCCUGGAUCCGCAAGUGGGCCUUCCAGAACCACCUGGAGAAGCUCAAGAAGGAGGCAUCCGAGAAGGGCUUCGUCGAGGUCAUGAACAACUGCCGCCUCACCAUUUGCAGCGUCCUAAUCUGUCUCUGUUUCGGAUCUAAGAUACCCGAGGACCGGAUCCGGGUCAUCGAGAGCGUGCUGAAGGACGUGAUGAUGAUGACGGCGCCGAAGCUGCCGGACUUUUUGCCGGUGUUCACACCGCUGUUUCGCCGGCAGCUGAGGGAGGCGAAGGAACUGAGGAAGAAGCAAAUGGAGUGUUUGGUUCCGCUGAUAAGGAAAAGAAAAGAGUUCGUGGAUUCAGGAGGAAAUUUGAAUAAUGCGAGUUUGGACAUGGCGGGUCCACUCGGCGCGGCGUACAUUGACUCGCUGUUUGGGCUGGAGCCGGAGGGGCGCGGGCGGUUGGGGGAGGAGGAGCUGGUGACGCUGUGCUCGGAGGUGAUAAACGCCGGUACGGACACGAGCGCGACGACGGUAGAGUGGGCGUUGCUUCAUUUGGUGCAGAACCAGGAGAUUCAGGAGAGGCUGUACAAGGAGAUAUCGGGUGUUGUGGGCAAGGAGGGGGCGGUGACGGAAGCAGAGGUGGAGAGGAUGCCGUACCUGGGCGCCGUCGUGAAGGAGACUUUCCGGCGGCACCCGCCGAGCCAUUUUAUGCUGUCGCACGCGGCGACGAGUGAGACGGAGCUAGGGGGAUACACGGUGCCGGUGGACGUGAACGUGGAGUUCUACACUGCGUGGGUGGCGGAGGACCCGGAGGUGUGGCCCGACCCGGGGGAGUUCAGGCCGGAGCGGUUUUUAGAGGGGGAGGGGGUGGACGUGGACGUGACGGGGAAGAGGGGAGUGAGGAUGCUGCCGUUCGGGGCGGGACGGCGUAUCUGUCCAGCGAUGACUCUGGGGACAUUGCAUGUGAACCUGUUGCUGGCGAGGAUGGUGCAUGCUUUCAAGUGGCUGCCGGUUCCAGACUACCCGCCCGACCCGACUGAGACUUUUGCUUUCACUGUUGUGAUGAAGAAUCCUCUCAAGGCAAUUAUUUUGCCGAGGUGAACACAUUAAAGCUAGCCGCUGCCUCAAAGUCACCCUGCAUACAUGCCUGCAUUCUUUCUCCCUCUCUUAAUUUUCCCACUUUCUACAAUUUAUCAUCUAUCUCUCUCUCCACUUAAAUGAUGAUGCAUGGGUGGAGGUAGGUAGCUAUAUAUACCCAGCUGCUGCAUAUGCAUUAAUGGUAGAAUUGCUGGAUCCGAACAGUGACGGAAAGGGUUUUAAAUUAGUGAAAUGUGUUUAUUA